UACAUCUGCCCUGACCUUUUCAAAAGCAUACCAGUAACAGAAAUAAUAGGUCAAACCCUAUUUUCUUUCCUAUUAUGAACAAAUUUUGCUAAAUUAUAGUAGAACCUAAGUAUAAAAGGAAUAGAUAGACAAGGGAAAACAGUGAUCUCUUUGCAUCCCAUACUCUGGAAAAAAAAGAAAUAAACUGGAGUUUCUCCAGCCAACAACACAUACCCAGAAAAAAUCAAGAUUUUAUAUUUCAUUGCAAGAAAAAAAAAAUUGUUUGCUUGAGUAAUUUGAAAAAAUAAAAGAAAAAAGCUUUAAGGUAAAAAAAAAAUGACAGCAUCAACCGGUAAUGAUGUUUUUGAGUCGAAAAUCACAGCCUAUGUUCUGGCUUGCUGGAUCCUGGCUGCCUUUGGUGGUUUGAUGUUUGGUUAUGAUAUUGGCAUUUCAGGUGGAGUGAGUGGGAUGGAUGAUUUCUUGAUAAAAUUCUUCCCGGCGGUGUAUGCAAAGAAAAAGCGUGCGGUAGAGAACAACUACUGUAAAUUCGACAAUCAGAUGCUUCAGCUGUUCACUUCAUCGUUGUACAUGGCGGCGCUUGUGGCCAGCUUCGGUGCAUCCAAAGCUUGUAACUUGCUCGGCCGCCGACCCACCAUCUUCAUGGCAUCCAUCCUCUUCAUCAUCGGCGCCGCUCUCAGCGCUUUUGCUGAACAUAAAUGGACUCUCAUCUUGGGUCGCAUCUUCUUUGGUUUUGGUGUCGGCUUUGGAAAUGAGACGGUGCCGUUAUUUUUGACGGAGGUGGCGCCGGUGCAAUACAGAGGAGCGGUGAACAUUCUGUUCCAGCUGCUAAUCACGGUUGGGAUAUUCAUUGCAAAUAUUGUGAAUUACGCUAUGGCGGAUGUGCAUCCUAACGGGUGGAGGAUAUCCCUCGGGGUGGCGGCCAUUCCGGCGGUGAUGUUGGGGCUGGGGAGCCUGGUGAUCAGCGAGACGCCGGCGAGUUUGGUGGAGAGAGGGAAGGUGGAUCAGGGGAGGGCAGCGCUGAAGAAAAUCAGGGGAGUGGACAAUGUAGAGGCAGAGUUCGAGACCAUCGUAGCCGGAUGCGAGGCAGCGGCGCAGGUGAAGAAGCCGUUAAAGAAGCUGAUGAAGAAAUCCGGGCAGCCCCAACUCAUCAUCGCCGUCGUCCUUCAAGUUUUCCAGCAGUUCACGGGGAUCAACGCGAUUAUGUUCUACGCGCCGGUGCUUUUUCAAACCAUGGGGUUCAAGGCCAACGGGUCCCUCCUCUCCUCCAUCAUCACCGGCCUAGUCAACGUCCUGGCCACCUUCGUCUCCAUCUACACGGUCGACAAAUUGGGGCGGCGAAAGCUCCUCCUCCAAGGCUGUGUUCAGAUGGGCCUUUCUCAGGUGGCAAUUGGCGUAAUCCUGGCCACCAACUUAAAGGCCACCGGAACACUAGACAAGACCUUAUCAACCGUGGUGGUGGUUCUAGUCUGCCUAUACGUGAUGGCCUUUGCCUGGUCAUGGGGGCCUCUAUGUUGGCUAAUCCCGAGCGAAGUCUUUCCACUAGAAACCAGAACAGCAGGAUUCGCAUUCGCGGUUAGCACCAAUAUGCUCUGCACCUUCAUCAUUGCGCAAGCCUUCUUGUCAAUGAUGUGCGGAAUGCAAGCUUACAUCUUCUUCUUCUUCUCCGCGUGGAUAUUGGGGAUGGGAUUGUUCGUGCUGUUCUUGUUGCCGGAGACGAAAGGUGUGCCCAUAGAUUUAAUGGAGGAAAGAGUGUGGAAGCAACACCCCGUGUGGCGGAAGUUCUUUAGGAACGAUUCUAGAAGCUAUGAAAUGGCUUGAAUUGAAGCCGCAGCUGCAUGUAACGGCCAUGGAAGUACCAUACAUACCAUGCUUAGCUUGUUAUUUCUUCAUUGAAAGUAUUGUACAAUAAACAAAUUUAUUUCACAAAUAUUGUAUAAAAUGAUUCAACAAAAAUGCAUGUGGCCUUUACAUUUCCAAACUAA